UUCACGGCUGAGGGGUGGAGAGGAGAGGGGGGUGAUCCCAUCCAUCCAUCCACCACAAAUCUAGUGGCAGAAUUGCAGUGCACUGGACUGUACAGAGUAGGGUGCCAUCCAAGGCUGGUAGUCUGUGAGGGGUGGGGUUCGGCUACACUGAUACCACCGAAAAACAGGAGCUCACAGAGGAAGAACACGGAGAGGCGGAAAAAGACAGGCGAACAUAAAGAGAGCGAGAGAGAGAGAAGAGGGGGGAAGAUUGCACCUGAAGAGGAAUAUCAUACGGGAUGAAAGGAGACACCCCAGUGAACAGCACCAUGAGUGUCGGCCAAGCCAGGAAGCUGGUGGAGCAGCUGAAGAUUGAGGCUAGUUUCUGUAGGAUAAAGGUGUCGAAGGCAGCGGCCGACCUGAUGGCGUACUGCGACGCGCACGCCUGCGACGACCCCCUGAUCACCCCGGUGCCCACCUCAGAAAACCCUUUCAGGGAGAAGAAAUUCUUCUGUGCUCUGCUUUGAGACAAAUCAGGGAUUGUUAUUGAUUCAAAGUACAACUGGCAAGUAUAUCUGGCAAAUUUCUGCAAAAGGGAGAAAAAAAAAAAGGAUUUGAGUCAAAAAUGUGAACAUUUGUUUAGUGAAGAUGCUAUAAAUUCGAAGCGAAAAAGCCGUCAUCUGAUUUCAAACACGUAUGUCUCAUGCUCGAAGAAGCUACAAGUAACUGCUAAAAUGGACAAAAUCUUCAUCCAGUAUUAUUUUUGAAUUGUUGUAACACGUUUAACAAGGAGAUAACACGCCAUAAUUCCGUUUAUAGCUUUCCGUGGUGCAAUAUGUUCAGAAAUUAUAGGUGAAGUUUGACAUUUCCCCCCUAAAAAUUCGUUUUUCUUUAGUGGAUUCUCAUGUAUGCUGAUGAUGUUGAGCUUUUUCUACCAGAAGGUCAAGCUAUAUGUUUUGGUAUUUUGGCAGUUACUUGUACCACUUAAAGACAACAGCUGUUUUAUGAACGUCAACUUAUAAUUUGUUUAUCAGUUUUGUCAAGAUUUAACGGUACGCUCAUUUAUAGUAUCGCCGUGGAGUGGAUGUUGAAGCGUUUGUGUGUGUGUGUAAGGCUAGGUGCUACUGUGAAAGCUAAGCAACAAGUCCAAGCAUUUGAGCACUGUAAAUUGGAGAUUUUAUAGUUCGAUAGCACACCAACCCUAUUGCCGCUUAUUCCAGUGAUUAUUUAAGGACAUUUGACGUGAACUCGAAGAAGCGAAAAUCAGCUAUUACAUUAACUGUCGUGUGUGAAUACUUUUCUAUUUCUGUAGAGCACAAAAUAGCUACAGCAGUUACGACGUACUUUUGCAGACAGGUGUGUGUGGCCACCUAGAUGAGAGAAGUUCCUGUGCAGAGAGCCCGCCUCUUCCAAAGUGUUUUUAAUGUUCAUUUAACAGGCUACUUGUGUUUAAAUCCCUGCAUAAAAAAACAAAAAAAAAACAUUCAAAAUUAUUUCUGGCAUCUGGAAUUUUGUGACCAUCCCCUUGCAUUGUCGGUACCUUGCAAACAUCGAAUCUGGAAAG